GUAUACUAAAGUACUUGUAUACAGUAAAAUGCUUACGUAUUUUACUUUCUCUAUGGUCUUGACAACCAAAAUGAACAUAACCUGACAUUGUUUAUCAGAUUAUUGAAAGAAAAUGAAAACUAUGCCAACAUAAGCAGAUUUUUCAAGGGAAAAUGGACUUGAAAUAUCUGCUGUUCAUCGGAUCUGCUUUGGGAUUCUCGUUGGCACUUGGGGUUUGCAUUAUAAUCCUGGCAUAUUCCAAAACGUACCCGGUGAUUUUCCGGUCCAAGAAGGAAAGGCAGUUUUUCGACCCAGCUACAGGAGUAUAUAUCAAUUUUCCGGCCAUCAGCGACAAGUGUUCUUUGAACCUUAGUGUGAUUGUGCCGGCUUACAAUGAAGAGGAGCGCUUGGGCCCCAUGCUGGAUGAGUGCCUGGACUACCUGGAGAGCAGAAGGAAGAGCGGCGCUUUCUCUUAUGAAGUGAUUGUAGUGAGUGAUGGCAGUACUGAUCAAACAGUCAGCAAAGCACUGAGUUAUACAAAAAAACACAGCUGUGAGCGAGUGAGGGUGCUGGCCCUGGAAAAGAACAGGGGCAAAGGCGGAGCAGUCAGGCUGGGGAUGCUAAGUGCUCGUGGGUCGCUGCUGCUCUUCGCAGACGCCGAUGGAGCCACCAAGUUUGCAGACCUGCGAAAACUGGAAGACAGUCUAAAAGAGUUGGUAGUUUGUAAGUUAUUACUCUCCAAUUGUUACAACGAGCGACUAAAACGUGGCAAAUUUGCAGCUGACUACCUUUCCAAACCUGAAAUCACUGCAGAUACGUUGGCGAUUACAGUGGGCUCUAGAGCUCAUCUAGAAGACGAGGCAGUAGCCAGUAGGACUGUGUUCAGAACCAUCUUAAUGUACGGUUUCCACUUCUUAGUAUGGCUAUUUGCAGUGAAAGGAAUCAGGGACACGCAAUGCGGCUUCAAGCUGCUAACCAGGAAAGCAGCAGCAAUUUGCUUUGAGAGCAUGCAUGUAGAAAGAUGGGCGUUUGACGUGGAAUUGUUGUACAUCGCCCAGAAGCUGAACAUUCCCAUUUCAGAGGUUGCUGUUAACUGGACGGAAAUCGAGGGCUCCAAAGUGACGCCAGUGUGGAGCUGGCUGCAGAUGGGCCUGGAUUUGGGCCUUAUCUGGCUGAGGUACACAAUUGGCGCUUGGAAAAUUCGAAGUAAAGGUGACUGAUUAUUCACAUUCAAACACGUGGAUUUUUGUAAUUGCAUUUCUUAUUAAUGUUAAUAUUAAAUCUUCAAUCAAU